AUGUCCACUAUUACAACCAAGUUCGUUACAGAUUACAAACUCACUACUGAGAUGAAUGAUAAAGAGAAAAGGCGCCAAGCUCGUAAUCGUCUUAUAAAAGGGUAUAACUUUAGCAAAGAGCAGGCGUUUGCAUUGAUUCCGCUCCAGAGAGUUGGGCGAUGCAAAAGUCAAGUGCCCCUCAAAGAAGGUGGGACAGAAGCCAAGGAAGUGAAUAUAUGUCAAGUAUCUAAUAGUACUUGUUCCAGGGAGACUAUUAAAGAAACAGCUCAGCGUAUUAUGAAAGAUAAACUUAGUAAAAAAGAUAUAAAAGCGAUAUCUAGAAACUUAGUCAAAACUGCCCCUGAUCCCGUUGUUGCCUUAUCCCGUCUCUCUAGGCUUCGAAGAGAAUUGCGAGCCAUCAAUGCUUCAGAAAAAAUAGUUUCUGUUAUAUUAAAUCCAGAGGUAACCAGAUUAUCUAAUAAAGUCCAAAAGAAGCAUAGCGAGCAAUGUGAAAAUGAAGGGAUCAAUUUUCCAGACCACUUCUCAUUAGAAUCAGUUAAAGAAAGACUGAAUUUAUAUGAUGUAUCUAAUAUACCCGAUAAACUAGCCCUAGCCGAUGUAAUGAUAAUGCUCUGCAUUCGUCCCACUGAAAUUAAAAACCUGCAUAUAUCUAAUGGGGCUGUAACUGGAUAUGCAAAAAACCGAGCAAUCAUUUCCGGGGAGUUAAGGGAUCCAGAAAAACUUGGAUCUACGUACUUAAGUACAUUUUUGAAAAAAGACGAAUUUAUUCCUAAAAGUGGUAAACUACUACUUCCUAGCUCUUUACGCAAGUUAGGGGCAGUAUUUGCUUCUGUAGUACAUGGGCCUAAAAAUGCAUCGAAGGCUAACACUUAUGCCAGUGAAGCCCUUCGACAUUCGCCUGAUAACCAUGCUUCUCCAUCCAAGAGAUAUACUAUAGUCAAUAUGCGAAAAAGAGGAGAACCUUAUAAUCAGGCAAGUUCAUUCUAUAUCUUCGAUAAAAACUAA